CUACUUCCGGUGGUGGUGUGGUCCGCCCCUGGAGAACCCAGAAGAACACAGCUGUGCGCGCCCAGAGGCAAUGGGGGCGGGAGAGGAUAAGUCGCAAGGAGGGGGCGGGACCUACACCUCAGGAAAGCCGGAGGAUUGGGGCACGAAGCGGGGCUUUGAUGACCCGCAAAGGGCGAGGCAUGCAGGAGGUGGAGGAAUUAAGUGAAAGAGGGAAGGUUGUUAAACAGGACCCUGUGGGCGAGGCCUUAAGGGGCGUGGUCCUUGUCUGGGCGGGGUCUUUGGGCGCCGACGAGGCCUGGUUCUGGGUGGGCGGGGCUACUAUGGGGCAGUGCCUGCUGUAAAAAUGCCGGCCCGCACGCUUCUGCCCAGGCGCAUGGGGCAUCGUACUCUAGCCUCUGCUCCUGCCCUGUGGGCCUCCAUCCCGUGCCCUCGCUCUGAGCUGCGCCUGGACCUGGUUCUGCCUUCUGGACAGUCCUUCCGGUGGAGGGAGCAAAGUCCUGCACACUGGAGUGGUGUACUAGCGGAUCAAGUAUGGACACUGACUCAGACUGAGGAGCAGCUCCACUGCACUGUGUACCGAGGAGACAAGAGCCGGGCUAGCAGGCCCACACCAGACGAGCUGGACGCCGUGCGCAAGUACUUCCAGCUAGAUGUCACCCUGGCUCAACUGUAUCACCACUGGGGUUCCGUGGACUCCCACUUCCAAGAGGUGGCUCAGAAAUUCCAAGGUGUGCGACUGCUGCGACAAGACCCCAUCGAAUGCCUUUUCUCUUUUAUCUGUUCCUCCAACAACAACAUCGCCCGCAUCACUGGCAUGGUGGAGCGGCUGUGCCAGGCUUUUGGACCUCGGCUCAUCCAGCUUGAUGAUGUCACCUACCAUGGCUUCCCCAGCCUGCAGGCCCUGGCUGGUUUUCCGGUGCCAGCAGAAGGCCUGCUUACUUCGGCAUCUGCAUUCCAGAGACCCCUAACGUCUAGGCAGCCUGAGGCUGACAGGAGAGAAAACAUGAACUAUUAUAGAAAGAGGCUUUGAUUCAGCCACGGGCUCAAGUCUCAGCUUGCUGUUUAUUGAGUGUGUGACCUUCAGCAGAGCACUUCGCUUCACUGGACCUUUAUUUCCUCAUCUGGUAAACAAGGAAAAUAGCAACUCCCUCCUGGGUUGUUGUCAAGACACUUGAGUGAGUGUACACAAAGCCCCUGACACACAGUAGGCCCUCAGCAUACAUUAGUCACCCUUAUCCUUAAAUACCCUGGCAACUUGUUAGCAACUACCUCUCCUUUUAAUGGCACUUGUCUUUACUGAUCAUCUGCUAGUAAUCUGCAAGUCCCUUGCUCUGCCUCUCUUGCUGGCCCCCAGCACAAUAUCUAAGAGACAAUAAGAAUGGCCAAAUGAUUAGCCGGGCAUGGUGGUGCAUGCCUGUAAUCUCAGCUACUCAGGAGGCUGAGGCAGAAGAACUGCCUGAACCCGGGAGGCGGAGGUUGCAGUGAGCCGAGAUCGCGCCACUGCACUCCAGCCUGGGCAACAGAGUGAGACACCGUCUCAAAAAAAGAAAAAAAAAAAAAAAAGGUGAAAUGAAUGAAUGUGCCCUGUCCUGUCAGGGCACUAUGAAGUUAAGACACAGCACUUGUCUGUGAGAAGCAAAGAGACUUGUUUGGGUUGCUUCCCUAUCUAACUAAAGGGUAGCUAUUCCACAGUCUUCCUCCAGAUGUCACCUAUACCCUUGUUGUGAUCAAUGCAGAACAAGAUGGAUGGGAGUUGACAUCAAAUGAAUGGCAGGCACCAUGAUAGAUUCCCAAAAGAACAUGUCCUAAAACACUGGUCAAUUUCUUGUGAUAGGCAAAUAAAAAUCACAGAUCUCCAACAAAAUGUUAACAGUUAAUUAGUCUAGGUGGAGAAUAUACUGAUGUUUAUUGUAUGAUUCUUUCAGAUUUUCUGUGUGUAUCAAAUUUUUAAUAAUAAAACUUUGGGGAUAAAAAGAAAAGCAUGAAAAGACAAAAAAUAAAUCACACAACAAUGUGAAUAUGGGUAACACUACUAAACUAUACACU